GUACCGCUUUCUGCUAUAGACAUCUGCAGCACGGCCGUUGAUUCGUCACCCAGCACACGUAAGGAGGCAAACCAGGCGCACUCACAUCCCGUCUGUAUGCCACUCUGUGUUGUUCAUGCUGAACAGAGAUCUCAGUCAUGGCGUCCGACUCUGUUCCCUCUCUGUGGGAGCUCUCACUCAAGAAGGCCUCACACAUACUCGAUGACCCCACCAGGCGGCCGGCACUCGUCAGACAGAUUGACAAGCAGCCGCCCACAGAGAUCCCCAGAGGCGUCACCCUGCCGGCCGUCCUGCAGGAGCGCAUCGAAAGGGCCAUGCACCCCGAGGACCUUCAUGACCACUUGGCCUUCGACAUUCCUGACUUGGCGGGGGCCCUCAAGACGGCCCAUGUGCUGGAGCGAUGCAGCGGCCACUGGAAGCUGAUCAAGCCCUUCAUCCGGCUGGCCUUCAUCUAUCAGCUCACACCACUCAAUGCGACGCGGCCCCUCCUGCUGUCGGCUGAUUCGCUGCCCAUCACUUCAGCAUUCGAUGAGCUGCCCCUCACAAUGGCCACCUACAAGACGUUCGGCCACGUGCUCAAGUACAGAGGGACCAGCCUGGCGCUGCGGCGAGCUGACAACGGAGAGUAUCGCAUCGGCAAUAAGGUGUUCCGUGUGGUGCCGUUGGAUGAGCUGCCGGCCGACCAUCCCUACCGCAGCACACAUGAGGAGAGCGAUCCCGUCAUCUGCUAUGUGGACUGGCUCUAUCCAUCCUUCACAGCAUUCGCCACGUGGAUGGUCGUGACGCGGUGGUCUGACCAAGAGGGAGUGGGACAGAAAGAGGUGCUGCGUGCUUAUGUCGGUCGUGACGACACUCGCUUUCAGAGGCUGCUGACAGCCGGCGACGUCCCCGAGCAGCUGGGCAUCACAGCUGACGACCGCCUUGAAGGCGGGGACCUGACUGUCGCGAAUCGUUAUGUGAUCGUGAGCGGCUUUCGCCCCACCGAUGCCGUCGCUGCCUUUGUGCUGGUGGCGUGGGGGGACAUCGAGCUGUGGACGACCGAGUCGGCUGCUGCUGGCGCGUCUGCCUCCCUCGAUGAGCGUUUCCCGAUGUCGAUGCCCCGGUGGCGCAGUGUGCUGAGGCGAUUCGAGCUGGAGAGUGACGUCAUCGAUGUGGGAGAGGUGCUGGUGUGACAGACACGUGUUGGGCAGUCGGCAGUGUGCGUGACACCGAACACCGACUGGAUGUGAAGGGACCGGUCGUUAUGGGUGGGUCUAUCAUGAGGGCGGCUUCCUAGUGGCAGUGCAUUCACGUCUUCGAAGUGCUUGAAUUGACACUUUGUACCCCAUCAAAUGAACCAUGAAUUAAAUGUGUCGCCGUGCUU